AUGGAGAGCAAGAAGCGGGCGGAGCGGCGCAGGGCGUGUGAUCUGCGGAAGAAGGCCGCCGCCGCCGAGGAGGAGCGGGUGCGGGCAGCGGAGCAGCUCCUCGAACUCCAAACGCUCGCGAAGACCACUGUCCUUCAAGAGCAGCAGGCGCAGGGCCUCACACAAGCCGCAGCUGCACAAGCUCGAGCACGCCGGGUAAGCAAACGAACCGCCAACUACACGGAGAAGGAGGACAAGGUGCUCGUCGAUGGAUGGUUGACCAUCGGGCAAGAUGCGUUGACGGGUGCCGAGCAGAAGGGGACCGCAUUCUGGCGCCGGAUCUAUGAAUACUUCCAUGAACAUCGCAAAUAUGGACAGGAGCCAUUUGAGAGCGACCGCAGCGAAAUAUCGCUCCAAAAGAGGUGGGGAGCAAUUCAAACGGAAUGCAACAAGUUCCAGGCGGCGUAUGAUCACGCGAAGCGGGUCCCCGUUAGUGGCAUGGGUAUGAAGGACUUGGUGUGGCGAGCUUUGGAAUUCUACAAAGUCAACAAUGGAGAGAAGACCUUUGCCUUCCCUCAUUGUUGGAAGGAACUCCACGACACCCCCAAGUUCCAGGAGGGGUACGAGGGGUACAUGGCGACCUUGACUGGCAACAAUCCCGCCAAAGAUGCCACUGUCAUUGACCUUGAUGGUGGGCAGCCUUGCGGUAGCUCCGCUUCUCGUGCAAGUCGUCCACGCGGCCACAAGUCAACCAAAGCCGACAUGAAGCGUGAUGCUUCGUCCAUGCUAUUGUACGGCACUUUGAAGGAGAUGCAUGCGGACAGAGAGGUGUCCACGGACAAGAGGGAUGAGAGGAGGUGCUGGGAGAAAGAAGAGGACAGGAAGAAAUUCUUUGAUGUCCAGCAGAAGAAGCUUGAGAUUGAAGAGGUCAAGGCCAAGACCAAAGCUAAAGAACUUGAGCUCAAAGAGAGAGAACUUGAAUAUAAGGCAGCGAAUUACCAGAGCAAGUCCAUGAACAUCAGGAACUACUCGCUCAAGGAGCUCCUCGUGGAAGGAGGGCCAAACGCUGCGUCGUCAGUUCCAACUGAGCGCCGGCAUGCGUACACCAAGCCACAACACUCGGCGGGCCAAACGCCAUGGCGCUUGCGCUGA